ACUCCAUUUCGGUGCCCAUUCGACGAGCAAAAGAGGAAACCAUGGACGCCGAAGCUUCACCGUUUGAGACGAGCGAGAUGUUGGGGACUUUCCUGGCGUCGACGCCGCUGCCGAAGGAGGCGUGGAGGGUGUGCAGCACUGCGAACGCGAUGGGGUGUGGUGCGUUCGUGGUGGAGCAAGUCGGGGGCGUGGGCUACGUGGCAUUCUCUGGCAUCCAACAGCUGCCAGUGCCCGAUUGGGAUCCGAACCGCAGCAUGCUGGUGCCACUGGAUGCAGCGAGCCACGGGCCGUUUGCGCUGCUGAAAUGCCACUACGACGGCGAGGAGCCGGUCAUGGUCCACGCCGGACUGCUUCACCUCUUCCUUCAUUAUCAUCCGCGCCCUGAUCUUCAGAGCCAGAUUCAUAGUCUGCUGGCUGAAACCAAGUUAAUAGUGAUCACGGGCCAUUCCAUAGGAGGAUCAAUCGCCUUCCUCGCUGCUCUUUGGCUCCUCUCCUACCUCAAAUCCAUCUUCCCACCCAUCUCAGUCCUAUGCAUCGGUUUCGGCUCUCCUUUCCUCGGUAACAAGUCACUUUCCCGAGCCAUCCUUCGUGAAAGUUGGAGUGGCAGCUUCUGCAAUGUCAUGUCAACGCACGAUAUAAUGCCAAGGUUAUCUCUGGACCACUCACUUGUUCCGACUCCCCAGUGGCAAGCCCUCAUAAGAUUUUGGUACACGUAUAUGAUGUCACCGAACUCUAUAAAUUUCGCUAACCUCCAAUUAACUGAAGAAGACAAAGCCUGGUUAUUUUACUUGGCUGUGGCCAACAUGGAGCGCCUGGUGCAUGCUGAGGAAGGCUCGGGAGGGAGGUCAUUUUGGCCAUUUGGGAAUUACUUGUUUUGUUCAGAGGAGGGUGCCAUUUGUUUGGACAACGCUGUAUCGGUCAACAAGAUGAUGCAUUUGAUGCUAAGGAUAGGCUCUCCAAAUUGUAUCACUGAAGAGCAUCUUAAGUAUGGGCGAUAUGUUGAAAGACUACCUCAUCAGUCUUUGAAAAGAAGCUUUAUGGAAGGAGAUCUCUCUGAAUCAAGCUAUGAAGCAAGUCUUUCGAUGGCUUUGAACUCUAUGGGGGCAUCUCGACAGUUAUCAAUUGCGCCGAUUGCAAAAGAUUGCUUGAAGAUGACGAGGCGAAUGGGGCGCUCACCAAACCUAAAAGCUGCCAAUUUAAGCAUUAAGCUAUCCAAAAUUGCUCCUUACAACUUGGAGAUACAGUGGUAUAAAGCUUGUUGCGAUGAUUCCAAUGAGCAAAGAGGAUAUUAUGAUUCUUUCAAGCAUAGGGGGGCCUCAAAGAGAGAGUUCAAGAUAAACAUGAACAGGAUCAUGCUUGAGGCCUUUUGGGAUGGUGUCGUACGCAUGAUGGACAGGAAUGAGCUCCCACACGAUUUGCACAAAAGUUCAAAAUGGGUAACCGCAUCACAAGUCUACAUGCUUCUUGUGGAGCCAUUGGACAUCGCAGAGUAUUAUCGGUCGGGGAUGCACCACAAGAAAGGCCACUACAUAAGCAAUGGAAGAGCAAGGAGGUACGAAAUUUUCGAUCAGUUGUGGAUAGAGAGAGUUUGUAGAAAGAAACUGGGCAAUAGGAGGACUAGGUAUGCAGGCUCGACACAAGACUCUUGCUUCUGGGCAAGGGUGGAGGAAGCAAAGGAGUGGCUGGAUAAAAUCAAGAGGGACAGCAAACCAGCAAACCGGGCUCCUCUUUGGGAUAGACUCAUUGAGUUCGAAACUUAUGCAAUGAAGAAGGUUGAAGGAUUAGAGGUGUCUACUGAUGUUGUGGCUAAGAAUUCAAGCUUUAGUCUGUGGUUAGAAGGCUGGAGAGCAUCGAAAUCACAGAUUUAUCCCCUUAAGGACAUCAAUUGACGAGGCAUCGAGCUCCUGCCCUGGCCGAGAAGUGGCCAUCCCUUUCUAAUCCAAAAGCUCGGCUUCCAUAGCCAUGGAGGAGCCAUUGCCUCGAGAUCUAAAGGAUUGACACCUCCAUGGACACAAGACUUACUUCCUGUAUAUGCUUCUUUGACCUUGUACACCACUCAACCGGGGAUUAAUUUAUCGUUAUAGUGUACUAUUACAAUAGAGCAAGAUUUCCUA